UUCUAGUCAAAUGUUCUAAAGUUUGAGAAAUUUCAAACAUAACAUUAGAAUAAAAUUUUACAAGAACAAGUUAAUAAUAUGUUAGAAACAGAGGUUUGUGAUGGUGUUGUUGUUAAUGUUCCACGCCCUAUUGUUAGAAAAUUCCAAGCUAGACCUCAACGUGAAGGUGUUGGUGCUGUUGUAAGAAGAAGCAUUGGCCGGUUUGAGCUCAAAUACUUUGAUCCUUUUCUUGUUUUGGAUGAAUUCUCAGUUUCUGCUCCUGGUGGAUUUCCUGAUCAUCCACACAGAGGAUUUGAGACAGUGACCUACAUGUUGCAGGGAGCUCUUACACAUGAAGAUUUUGCUGGGCAUAAAGGAAGCAUAGGUACUGGUGAUGUGCAAUGGAUGACUGCUGGAAGAGGAAUAGUGCACUCAGAAAUGCCUGCAGCACAAGGUGUCCAAAAGGGUUUGCAACUUUGGAUUAAUCUAUCCUCUAAACACAAAAUGGUUGAGCCAAGAUAUCAAGAAAUACAAAGUAAAGAUAUAUCAGAAGUUGAGAAAAAUGGUGUGAAAGUUCGAGUUAUAGCAGGAGAAGCCUUGGGAAAAAAGUCAUUGAUUUAUACUAGAACACCAACUUUAUAUCUAGAUUUCACUUUAAAACCAGGAACAAAUCUUCAACAACCAAUUCCAAAAUCAUGGAAUGCAUUUGUUUAUGUUUUAGAAGGUGAGGGUAUUUUUGGAAGUUCAAGAUCUUCUUCACCAAUUACAGCCCAUUAUCUUCUCCUUCUUGGGCCUGGUGAUGGGCUUAUGGCUUGGAAUAGGUCCAGUAAAUCUCUUAGGUUUAUUUUAGUAGGUGGUGAACCAUUGGGUGAACCAUUAGUUCAAUAUGGGCCUUUUGUGAUGAAUACACAAGAAGAGAUUGAUCAAACAAUUGAAGAUUUUGAGAAUGGUGUAAAUGGAUUUGAGAGAGCAAAGUAUUGGCAGUCUCAAGCAAUUGUUGAUUCUUAGAAUUAUUAUUUUUCGUUACAUGAGGAAAGUUAGGACACCCUUUUCUCGAUGAAAAAUUCUGGCGAAUCAAGAAGAACAUUGUAUUUUCUUUCAAUUUCUUGUCUUUACAAGUAGCCACUAAUUAGACGUAGUAAAGGAUGAUGUUUGAUUUGAAAUUUUUUUUAUAUUUGACAUUGAAACCAUGAGAUAGAAAUCUCAUAUGUAGAGUUUUAUUUUUUUAAAUAUUUUUUUAUAUACAUAUAAUAAAAAGCUUAUUAUAUGUUAAAAGGAUGAGGUAUCAAUGUAAAACUAUGCAAAAUUGUUUCUUUUAUUUGGAGAUUGUAGGUAAUAAAUGUUGCUUCUACAUACCUUCGGCUUCAUGAUUUACUUGUUGUACAAGUUGACAAUUUGAUUCAAAGAUCACAUUUUAUUGGUUU